AUGAGCACCUCAAUCUACAGGGUGGUCAGGACGCCUUUAUUUGAAUUACUGUUCGGAGGACUGAUUCUUCUCAACACGAUAGUCAUGGGACUCGAAGAGCAGUGGAGCGGUGCUCAGGUGGGAUACACGCUUGGAUUCUACACGUUCUAUGGCUCUGAACAGAUGGGGGAGGAUGCUCCAAUCAUGAGUGCCGAUAGUCUUUUCCUUGCUGCUGAAAUUACAUUCGCGAUCCUAUUUACCAUCGAGGUGUUCUUGAGGAUUGCAGCAUCCGGUUUCUUGUUUUUUUCAAGUCCAUCAGCAUGUUUCGACCUUGCCGUAGUGGUGGCCUCGGACAUGAGCAUCAUAUUCAGCAGUAUCGAUUUAUCCAUCAACAUACAGAUUCUGCGCUUGCUCCGGGCUGUAAAGCUGCUCCGGCUGGUGAAGCUCAUGAGAACCGUUGAAGGGUUCGACCCCCUCCACAUCAUGAUGACGGCACUCGGCGCCUCUGCCUGGGCCCUCUGCUGGGCUAUUGUUCUCCUGGUGCUGAUUCAGACCUUUGUCGCCAUGAUCGUCACGCACGUGUUCCGUCUGGCAUACUUGCAGGAGUCCUCGAGCCUGUCUGAUGAUGCGCAACUGGAGCUCUUCGCAUAUUUUGGGACGUUCUCGCGCUCGAUGCUGUCGCUCUUCGAGCUGUCGUUGGCAAACUGGCCGCCAAUUUGCCGCUGGCUCAUGGAAAACCUGCACGAGUCGUUCAUGCUAUUUGCACUGACGUUCAAGCUCAUGUAG